AUGUUGAAAAAAUAUUCCAUGGGUUUUAUUCAUAUUUUGAUGUGUUUAUUAUAUAGCUGAAUACGAAUAUAGCUUUUGCGAAAAUUUCGAAUAUUACUGUAAUGAAAUGUUUAAACGGAUCUUAUAUGCCCGAAGAUGAGGUAUUGCUCAUAAACACGCACACGCGCUUAUCACCAACACGCACACAGAGAGAGAUAGACAGACAUACAGGGCAAAGACGCUAUCAGCGGAUAAGAAGCACAUUUUCAACAGCAAAGCAGCAGCCGCCGCACGAGAAACAUCUUUGAAUCCAUCGCCAUCGCCAUGAUACACAUCAAGUGCAAAGACACUGAUCUGGAUCCCAUACCAGUUAAGAUUGGCAUCAUUGGAGGCUCUGGCCUAGAUGAUCCAGAUAUAUUGGAACAGCGGCAAGAAAAGAUUGUGGAAACGCCAUAUGGUAAUCCAUCUGAUGCUUUAAUCGAAGGUGAAAUCGCUGGUGUCCAGUGUGUCCUUUUGGCUCGACAUGGACGUAAGCAUGACAUCAUGCCAUCCAAUGUCAAUUAUCGUGCCAAUAUCUGGGCUCUGCGUCAAGUGGGUUGCACUCAUCUGAUAGUGUCGACAGCCUGCGGAUCUCUGCGUGAGGAUAUCAAACCCGGACAAUUGGUCGUACCGCAUGAUUUCAUUGACCGAACCACAAAGCGAAUGCAAACUUUCUAUGACGGCAGCAGUCAAAGUCCACGCGGUGUCUGCCAUCUGCCCAUGUAUCCGGCAUUUAGUGAACGCACAAGAAAUCUAAUAUUGGAGGCGGCCAAAGAGUUAGAGAUACCAGCCCAUGAUAAGGCCACCAUAGUAACGAUUGAGGGACCACGUUUCUCAUCACGCUCUGAAAGCAACAUGUUCCGUCAAUGGGGUGGAGAUCUCAUCAAUAUGACCACCUGUCCCGAGGUGGUGCUGGCCAAGGAAGCUGGUUUGUUAUACGGCUCAGUGGCCAUAGCAACAGAUUAUGAUUGCUGGCGCAUGGGAUGCGAGGGUGUCAAUGUCCAAGAUGUCCUCAAAACGUUCAAAGAGAAUGUGGUAAAGGUAAAAAAAAUUCUCGUCAAUGCUGUCAGCCGCAUAGCCAAAGAGGAUUGGACCGAGGAUGUGUUGAACGCCAAGCAAUGCGUUUGUCAAAAUACCAUGUCCGGAGCUAUGUGACGGUUUUUACAACUUUGCAAAGACAUUACCCAGGACACGUUGAUGCGACGUAAACCCUUGGUUAAGCCCACAAAUUUCAAAUCAUUCAAUCGAAGAUGUACACCAAAAUUGCACUCAAUUUCCAUAGCGUAUGAACUAAUGGAGGAUCUAGUCGAAACUAAAAAGAAACCAUCGCCACUGACAAACAACCAGCACCAGCAACAACCAAAGCCGCCGCCGCUGCCAACCAAAAACUCCCCACAGACUGAGAGAGUUCAAUUCAAAAUUGAGACGACUACAACAGGAGCAGCAGCUGGCAAUUGA